CGACGGAGAGAGAGAGAGAGAGAGAGAGAUGUCCAUCUUCAACUUCUCCCCCUCAUCGCAGUCCUCCUCUCCCUCUCCCUCCACUUUCCUUUCCUCCUCUCCAGCAGACACUGGCACGGGUCUCGGCUACGGAAUCGCAAUCGCCGUCGCCAUCCUUGUCCUCGUCUCCACUACGAUGCUCGCCUCUUAUGUCUGUGUCCGGAUCGUCGGCCGUGACUCGCUGCCCCCGCCACAACCGCCCGCGGACCACCUUCUCCCUCCGACUGUCGUCGUCGUCGUCCCCGGCCUCGACGAUGCCGCCAUCGCCGCUUACCCUAAGCACUGCUUUAGUCGCUCAUCCGGUGACGACGCGGCCACCUGCGCCAUCUGCCUCGCCGACUACGGGCAAGGGGACAUGCUCCGGCAGAUUCCCGACUGUCGCCACCAAUUCCACGUGGACUGCAUCGAUGCGUGGCUGCGCAAAAGCUCCACGUGUCCCGUUUGCCGCUCCUCCCCCUUACCGACGCCGGUGGCGACGCCCCUCUCCGAGUUCGUGCCCCUCGCCGCCAACCGCCGGUGAUUCGAAAUUAAGACGACGUCGGCCGCUUCUUUAUCAUGCCUUCCCGUAAUUGGGCUUUGUCUUUUCUACGUGGCUUACGUGGAUGCAGCCCAGGCCGGAUUCAUUCACUGGAUGCCACUCGCUUGUUCAAGUGACUCUUCCGUCUGAAACAGAUCGGGUCGGAGAAGCGUGUGAACACUAGUCGAUCGGCUUUCCCAUCUGAUCCCCUAUGAUGUUGAGGUACUCAUCGCCCCCAUCCAUGGCAAAAGAACGAUUAUAGUUAAUUUCAGACAAUAAGGCUUGAUGUGGACAAAUCCAAUUAACGAGUUCAGGUCUGAUUAGUUUGUGACGCUUUUGUCAAAUCAUUUCAGUGGUGGAAUGGUUUUCUUUUUUUCUUUUUUCUUUUUUUUUGUAAGCUCAAAAUCCUCCCAAAAAGUAUUGACGAAGCUACUUGCUUUCCCACAGUUUUUAGAAAUGAAAUAUAUUUUUAUUAA